AUGAUGCUACGGCCAAGAAAAGAAGAAGGUUUCGAUGGAGUAGAGAUUCAUGGUGUUCAUGGCUAUCUAAUAGACCAGUUCAUGAAGGACACGGUGAAUGACAAAACAGACGAAUACGGUGGAUCAUUGGAAAAACGUUGCAAAUUCGCUCUAGAUUUAGUCGAAGCACUGGCCAACGAGCAACGAGAUUGGACCAAACCGUGUUGGAAUCAGGCUGUCUCCGGGACUUUCAUCUCCGCUGGAGGUUACACGAAAGAAGACGGUGAUAAGGCAGUGGCAGAGGGACGAACCGAUCUGGUGGCUUACGGUCGGUGGUUUCUUCGAAGUGGAUGCACCGUUAAUCAAAUAGGAUAG